UCGUCUUCUUUUCACCUCUCUCGCUCGUAGCGAGGCUUUUUCCAGAUCUACAGUCUGUCACUCACAUCUCGUUCUAGGGUUUUAAGGGUUUUAACUUCACACUCUCACUCUCUUCCAGCUUUCUAGGGUUUCCCCUUCAAUUCUCUCUCUCGAACCCUAGACCUUACUUUCCAUUUGUAGGGAUUUUUUUCACCAUGUACCUCUACAACCUCACCCUCCACCAAGCCACCGGCAUAAUCUGCGCCAUCAACGGCAACUUCUCCGGCGGCAAGACCCAGGAGAUCGUCGUCGCCCGAGGCAAAGUCCUCGACCUCCUCCGUCCAGACGACAACGGUAAGAUCCAAACCCUACUCUCCGUCGAUAUCUUCGGCGCCAUACGUUCCAUCUCUCAGUUUCGCCUAACCGGCGCCCAAAAAGACUACAUCGUGGUCGGGUCCGACUCGGGUCGGAUCGUGAUCCUCGAAUACAACAAGGAGAAAAACGUGUUCGAUAAAAUCCACCAGGAAACCUUCGGGAAAUCCGGCUGUCGCCGGAUUGUCCCAGGACAGUACAUAGCGGUCGACCCCAAGGGCCGGGCCGUUAUGAUUGGGGCCUGUGAGAAGCAGAAACUAGUUUACGUCUUGAAUAGGGAUACGGCGGCUAGGUUAACGAUUUCGUCCCCGUUAGAGGCGCAUAAGUCGCACACGAUUACGUAUAAUAUAUGUGGGGUGGAUUGCGGGUUCGAUAACCCUGUGUUUGCGGCGAUUGAGUUGGAUUACUCAGAGGCGGAUCAGGAUUCGACUGGGCUGGCGGCUGCCGAGGCCCAGAAGGUGCUUACUUUUUACGAGCUUGAUUUGGGGUUGAAUCAUGUUUCUAGGAAAUGGUCUGAGCAGGUUGAUAAUGGUGCUAAUAUGCUUGUUAAUGUUCCGGGUGGUGGUGAUGGACCUAGUGGUGUGCUUGUGUGUGCUGAGAAUUUUGUUAUAUAUAAGAACCAGGGUCACCCGGAUGUGCGUGCUGUCAUUCCUAGGAGAGGGGAUUUACCGGCUGAACGUGGGGUCCUUGUUGUUUCUGCUGCUAUGCACAAGCAAAAGUCUAUGUUCUUCUUUCUUUUGCAAACGGAGUAUGGGGAUAUUUUCAAGGUUACUUUGGAUCAUGACAACGACCGUGUGAAGGAGUUGAAGAUUAAGUAUUUCGACACGAUACCCGUGACAUCUUCCUUAUGCGUAUUGAAAUCCGGGUUUCUUUUUGCUGCUUCGGAGUUUGGGAAUCAUGCUUUGUAUCAGUUUCAGGCUAUAGGGGAUGAGCCUGAUGUAGAGUCUUCAUCAGCUACUUUAAUGGAAACAGAAGACGGUUACCAGCCUGUGUUUUUCCAGCCUAGAAAACUGAAGAACCUUGUUAGGAUCGAUCAAGUUGAAAGCUUGAUGCCAAUAAUGGACAUGAAAGUUGCAAACCUUUUUGACGAAGAAACCCCUCAACUAUUCUCCCUCUGCGGGAGGGGUCCCCGUUCAUCUCUAAGGAUUUUAAGGCCUGGUUUGGCCAUAAGUGAAAUGGCAGUGUCCCAGCUUCCUGGUGUUCCAAGUGCUGUCUGGACAGUGAAGAAAAACGUAAACGACGAGUUUGAUGCUUACAUUGUCGUUUCCUUUGCAAAUGCAACUCUUGUCCUUUCAAUUGGUGAGACAGUCGAGGAAGUUAGCGAUAGUGGGUUCCUUGAUACGACCCCGUCGCUCUCUGUUUCUUUGAUAGGUGAUGAUUCUUUAAUGCAAGUUCAUCCUAGUGGUAUUAGGCAUAUAAGGGAAGAUGGGCGUGUGAACGAGUGGAGAACUCCUGGAAAGAGGACAAUUGUUAAGGUUGGCUCUAACAGACUUCAAGUGGUUAUUGCGCUGAGUGGAGGGGAGCUGAUAUAUUUUGAGGUGGAUAUGACUGGUCAGUUGAUGGAGGUUGAAAAACAUGAAAUGUCUGGGGAUGUUGCUUGUUUGGACAUUGCUCCUGUUCCAGAAGGGCGACAAAGGUCCCGUUUCCUAGCUGUUGGAUCGUAUGACAACUGCAUCCGUAUCUUAUCUCUGGAUCCUGAUGAUUGUAUGCAAGUCUUAAGUCUACAAAGUGUCUCCUCGCCUCCUGAAUCUCUUCUCUUUCUUGAAGUUCAGGCUUCUGUUGGUGGGGAAGAUGGUGCAGAUCACCCUGCUAGCCUUUUCCUCAAUGCUGGUUUGCAGAACGGGGUUUUGUUCAGAACAGUGGUGGAUAUGGUGACAGGUCAGCUUUCGGAUGCCCGUUCGCGAUUCUUAGGACUCAGAGCCCCAAAGUUAUUUUCUGUGGUUGUGAGAGGGCGGCGUGCUAUGCUUUGCUUGUCAAGCAGACCAUGGCUUGGUUACAUACACCAGGGUCACUUCCUUCUAACACCCCUUUCUUAUGAGGCUCUUGAAUAUGCAGCUUCUUUCUCAUCUGAUCAGUGUGCGGAAGGCGUUGUCUCUGUUGCUGGGGAUGCAUUGAGGGUUUUUACUAUUGAGCGAUUGGGGGAAACGUUCAAUGAAACCGCGAUACCUUUAAGGUACACCCCAAGGAAGUUUGUGCUUCAACCAAAGAGAAAACUUUUGGUAAUUAUUGAGAGUGAUCAAGGGGCAUUUACGGCAGAAGAGCGGGAAGCUAGUAAAAAGGAGUGCUUUGAGGAUGCUGGAAUGGGGGAAAAUGGCAAGGUGGAAAACAUGGAGAAUGGUGGCGAUGAUGAGGAUAAGGAGGAUCCCUUCUCUGAUGAGCAGUAUGGUUACCCUAAGGCAGAGUCAGAGAAGUGGGUUUCUUGUAUAAGGGUUCUUGACCCAAGGUCGGCAAACACUACCUGUUUGCUGGAGCUCCAGGAUAAUGAGGCUGCUUUCAGCAUUUGCAUGGUGAAUUUCCAUGAUAAGGAGUAUGGAACCCUUUUAGCCGUGGGUACGGCAAAGGGGUUGCAAUUUUGGCCCAAAAGAUCUAUCACGGCCGGUUAUAUUCACAUCUAUAGGUUUGUGGAAGAGGGGAGAUCCCUUGAGCUUUUGCACAAGACACAAGUCGAUGGUGUUCCUCUUGCCUUGUGCCAGUUCCAGGGAAGAUUACUUGCUGGAAUAGGAUCUGUGCUCAGAUUGUAUGAUUUGGGGAAAAGGAGGUUGCUUAGAAAGUGUGAGAAUAAGAUGUUCCCCAACACAAUCAACUCUAUUCAUACCUAUCGUGAUCGUAUUUAUGUAGGUGACAUUCAGGAGUCAUUCCACUAUUGCAAAUAUAGACGUGAUGAAAAUCAGUUAUAUAUAUUUGCCGAUGAUUCUGUUCCAAGAUGGCUUACUGCAUCAUACCAUAUAGAUUUUGACACCAUGGCUGGUGCGGACAAGUUUGGGAAUAUCUAUUUUGUGCGUUUGCCUCAGGAUGUCUCAGAUGAGAUUGAAGAAGAUCCAACUGGCGGGAAGAUAAAGUGGGAGCAGGGGAAGCUGAAUGGAGCUCCUAACAAGGUAGAGGAAAUAGUGCAGUUUCAUGUUGGUGACGUGGUCACAUGCUUGCAAAAGGCUUCUCUAAUUCCAAGUGGUGGAGAGUGCCUCCUUUAUGGGACUGUGAUGGGAAGUUUGGGUGCAUUACUUGCUUUCACUUCUCGAGACGAAGUUGACUUCUUUUCUCACUUGGAGAUGCAUAUGAGGCAGGAACACCCGCCUUUGUGUGGAAGAGAUCAUAUGGCCUAUCGAUCUGCCUAUUUUCCCGUUAAGGAUGUGAUUGAUGGAGAUUUGUGUGAGCAGUUUCCAACAUUGCCUAUGGAUUUGCAACGGAAAAUAGCAGACGAAUUGGAUAGAACUCCGGGAGAGAUUCUGAAGAAACUUGAAGAGGUUCGAAAUAAGAUCAUUUGAGAAGGAUUAAGUCAAAGGUACAUUUCCCGGUAUAUGUGAAUUGCGGGAUCCGCUUGCAGUUAAGAGUUGUGAGGUGAUGCAUCACUGAGGUUGCUCAUGGCAAGAAUGUCCCAUCUGCUUUAACAAGACUUGGAUGGGGCUGCAUUUGAAGAGACCGAAACCUGUACUUGCAUCGCCUAGAAUUAUUUUCUCAUUUCUUUCGGAUCUUUUGUUGUUGUACCCUUGGUAGUUACGGAUUUUUCAGUGUACGAAUGUGAUUUUGAUGCUCUUUAGUCUUUAUAGAGUAGUUGCUUCAUAUUCU